CUAAGCGAUCCCAAUGAUUAAAUUUAUAUAAUUGUAAGCGGCAAAGAGCUAGUUAAAAUCAAGAACUUUAUAUUUACAUAAACAAAAUCUGUUACAUGCGAAAUUACUGAAAUGGCUUCACGUCCUAGUCCUGUGGAAUUCUCAGAAUCAUCGGGACCUUCUAAACCAUGGUCCGGGAGCGAGUUCCAAGACCCAAGCCCAACUACUGCAAAUCAGGAGAAUAACCCAAAUCAUAUUCAAAUUCCUGUAUGCACUUCUACUAAACUUAACUAAGUUUACAAAAUCUAGUUGUUUUAGUUUUAGUUAAUUAUUAAUAAUAUUAUUAUAUAGUGAUCUGAGUUCACUCACUUGUACUGUACUUGUGGCUUAGAAUUUAGUUUACUUAGAAGUAGUUGUUCCUGCACUUGACUUGUACUUACUGGACUAGACUAUUCUUGUAGCCUCAGGUUAGACUCUAACUUAGGUGUAGGCGUAGGCCUAAGUGUAAGUUUCAAGAUCAAGUGUAGUGCAGUGGUCAGUGGUUUUAAAAUUUUUUUUGGCUACCGUUCCCUUGGCCAGCACCAUAAACUAUGAUAAACCCAUCCCCCUAACCCUCCUGUUAGGCACUUUGGUAUCACCCAGAAAUACCAGAAAAACGGGUAUCGUAAUUUCAUUGUCAAAUGAUGACCUCCACUUUUUAAUUUAGUGAUGAUAUCGUUGGUUUGCCUUUAAUAGUCAAUUUUUAGAAUAAUAAUAUAUUCUGCAUACGCCAGUUACUUACAGCCAACAUCUUGUUUGCCUAUUGAGAGUUAAUUUGAUUUUUUUUUUCAACGUUUAGAUUCUAAGCUUUGAAAGUUGAAGUUAAAAAAAAAGUUAACUUCAUUCAUCAAUAAUUUUUUUUUAAAAAAUGCGUUCCAUAAUAAAAACACCCCGGUCCUUAAUUUUAUAGGUUCAUUUACAACAUUUAAAAAAUUCAUGAGUGUAGACUAUUGAAUUGGUAGGCUUCAAAAACAAAGGUCCCAGUGUUAAUUUGUAUGCUACCGUAUAAAAUUUGUCAUCAUGGCCACCGUGCUUGUCUGCUUAUUGCCAUUUAUCCUAAGCAGCCAUGGAGUAGUUAAUAAUUCAUUAAAUUGGCCAUCCAGAAUAUAAAUUGGAAAUAAAACUAAUAAUAAAUCAUUUUAUAUAAAUAAAAAAUGUUUUGUAACAUAAAAAUUAUUAUUGGCUUAUGAAAUAUCAGUUGUUUUAAUUUUUGGGUUGGUUGCCAUGGACAUGGCUGACAUGGGAUUGAUAAGCACUUGUCUUUAACUACUUAACUCUCAAAAGACUGUAGAUUUUUCCAUUUUUUAAUGACCUUGAAUAUAUCUUAUUGUUCAAAGUGUCUCAUGACUGUAAUUUUGUAGCUACCUCCAAGUAUUAUAUAUCAUUUUAAAGGUAAUUGGAUGGUCUUUAAUUUAUACUUGGUGUUUGUUCAAAAUAUCCUUGCUAAAUUUGAUGUUUUAUUAUUUUUAAGCAAAAAAAAUUUUUUUUUAAGUCGACAAAAACAUAAUAUCACAGUUUUACAAAGAAGGAAAAAAAAAAGUGUUUCCAAUUAAAUCAAUAAAAUUGAUAAUUUAUUAGAAUGUGUUCAAUACUAUAAAACAUAUUCAAAUUUCAAAAGAAUAGACUCAUAAAUAAAAAAGUUAUGACUAUUUGUAGGCAACAGAUCAUUCAAGGAAAUAUUGCUCAAAAAGUCAAAAUUAUUUUCAAAAAAUAAUAAUAAUUUUUUUUUUCAAAGGAAAACAUAUACUGCAUCAUAUUAUUCUUUAGAGGGUUAUUAGUAAGUAUUAUUUGAGAAGAAAAGUUAAGAAAAAAAGGCACAUUUUAAUAAAUAAACAUUUUUUAUGCAUCCCCGAGAUACCAAUCAAAUGAUGUAAUCCUUCGCCAAGACCAUGCAUAAAAAUUCUUGAAAACAAUUUCUUUAUUUAUUAAAACAUAAAAAUGUAUCAAAAACAAAGCCUGUGACAUAUGCUCUGCCCAUUUUACCCUGUUUUGGUAACCCACAAUUACAUUUUUUGUUAUUGUCAUGUUGCGGCGCACGAUGUAAAGAUUUCGGGCUUUACAGUAUCAGGUUUAUCAUGAAAUAUGUCAAUUGUUCCCUAAAUUGUUCAUUAAUUGCUACAUUUUCUUGAUGCUGAUACAGUUGAUUGUAUUUUGCAUUGAGAUACAGAAGUGUCUCCCAAAUGUACACAGCAUGUUUCCUUUAUUUUCAGUAUCAGAAACUUUUAGGAAACUCAAUAUAGCCUUGAAUAUGUCCUUAGUACUAAUGGCCUUGCUCAUUGUCCAUCAUAAAAGGAUUUCCUGGACAUUUCUUGUAAAAUUAAGAGCUUGAUAAGUCCUGCAUUCAUAAUAAAUCCACUUAGUAGAUAAAACUCCCCUUCAAUGAUGUUAUAAUGGUACCAAUUUUUGAAAACACAAAAGUUCUGCGGUCCAUUGUCCUGCGCACAAGGCUUACUAAUAACCAACCAAAUCUGUAGUAAAGUAGAGGUUGAAAAUGUCAAUUUGCUUUUAAAAUCUCCUUAUAUCCUCUCUUGUUAUAACAUCAGGAAGCAAUAGUGCUUUUCACCUCUGGUCUAAAUGCAGCAAAGAGUCCCACAGUCUUUUGUCAUCAUAACCCAUUGUAUUGACUAUGUUUGACAUCUGCCCUUCAUAGAUGCUGUCAAAAUAUUUAAAAAAAAAUUAGCUAAAAAAAAAAAUUACAAUAUAAAUAAAAAGAAUUCAAAAUAAUAAACAAUCUGCCUAAAUUACUAUUACUUCAAGUUUUCAUUGAAAAGGGAACACAGCUGAUUGUUACAGUGUAAGUGUAAUAAUAGCCUUGGCCUUGAGAACCAUUGUUUACAUUUUGCUAACUGAAACGUAAUAAUAUUAAAAUAAUUGUAUAACUACAAAUUAGUUUCAAACAAAUAAAUAAUUUAAUCUAUUUAAGAAUUUUAUACUACUGUAACUUGAAUAAAACUAUUGUUAGGGCUAAUAAUAGUGCUAAGAAGUAUCACAGUAUGCGUGAGUUGAGUAUGAAUGAAAAAAGUAAACAAACCUUGGAUGCUAUUAUUAAAUAAAAUGAGUAAAACAGAGUAUGGUUAAACCUGAAAAAUUAAACGCAACAAAACAGCGAACGUGUCGGCAGAAAGCCUUCGUCAGCGAACAAAACAACAGAAAAAACGUUAAGAAAUAGCACUUAGCUGGUAAGUAGUAUCUGUGGGCAGCAAUAGAAGUGAUGCUAUUAUUAUGAUGAUAAUUUACACAAUUCUCGGUAUCAGACACAUCUGAAGUGCUAUCUUCAUCAAAAAUAUUCCUCUAAGUAAGAAUAGUUGUCCAUUUCAAGCUUAUAAUCAGAAUCAGAUUCCAUAGCAAUGUUUUAGAGUGUAGUAACAGUGAACCGGAAUUGUGGCAAAAUAUGAGUAAAUGGCGAAAAGGAAAAUUUAUGAAUGGACAAGUUGCUACCAGAUUUCUUCAAAAACUAGUAAAAUAAACGAUUUUUCUUUCUUGCCAAAUAGAAAUUUAACAUUCCAAAGUAGUAAAUCUUUAUUUUCGCCUUUUAAUAUUAUUUUUAUAUAUAUUUUUGGGGUCCUUUUUUUCACCCGCCAUAUAUGACCGAUUUUUCAAUCUCCCGUCUUUUGAGAGUUAAGCUUAGUAAAAGUAUUAUAAUAGUAAUUAUACUAUUAUAAAGGAUUUAAUGAUUUAGGCCUAGUAUAGACAUAGUAUAAAACAAAGUAUACUAUAUUACAGUUUAGGCCUAGACCAAAACCAACUUAUUCGUAGGACCUAUUAUAAUAAAUUAUAUGCAAUAAUAUUUUAGGCUAUGUUAUGUAAUUAUUUAUUAUAUUUUAAUUAAAAUUGUGAUUCUUAAGGCUCAAACUAAGUAAAAAUUUAAAAAAUAUUCACUUACCUUUGGUAUUGAAAUAUCCUUUAUUUAAUCACAUAUCACAAUAUCCACAAGAGAAUUAUUAUAUAAUCCUCAGUUUCUCAAAGAAAAAACACACUUUCAGGCACAGUAAUCCAAGAAUUAUUAAUCCAAGACAUUACUAAAGAAUAAUAAUAAUAAAAACUUGUACUUACCUCAAGCAAAUGACCAGAACUUAUUUUAUUUUCUAUUAACAGCUGAAGUUGAUUCUAACAAUACCGGUACAUGUUUAUUUGUCAAACAAGAUUACAAACUUACAUGUUUAUAAAUCAGUUCUUUAAGAUAUUCAGGUGCAGAGCCUUCUAUGCAGCUGUAAGCCAGGGACAGAAUUUUGUAGUUAAUGCACUCACAGGAACCUAAUGCAGAUCUCGUAGAACUGGGGUGAUGUUGUCAGAUUUCUUUAUCCACAAUACAAUGCGUGCUGCAAUAUUGUGUGCCUUCUGGAGUCUCUGAAUUUGGUUCUGAGAUAAACCCCACAAACAACUGUUACAGUAAUCUAAUCUUGACUGGAUUAGAGUUACCCCUACAGCACUGGCUGUUCUCUUAUUGAGUUGAGGACGCAGCUGACCCAGGGCGCGCAGAUGACAGAAGCAUGCCCUGACCACAGAACGGAUGUGGGAAAUCAUUCUAAGUUUACUGUCAAUAUAUAAGCCAAGGUCUCUGACAGUGGAGGACAACGGGAUCUCUGAUUCACCAACUUUUAUUGAUGCAAUGGCAACUUUUCGAAAAUUGGCGUCUGAACCACAAAUAAUUGCCUCAGUCUUACCGUCAUAUAAUUUUAUUCUGUUUGAUGACAUCCAUUCUUUCACAGCAAGACAGCAACCCACGACAGCCUGAACAGCAGCAACACACUCCAAGGGAUCAGGGCAGAAACACUUGUAUAGUUUUGUGUCAUCUGCAAAUAUUUUGCGGGAAACACCAUGAAUUUAAAUAAUUUUGCAGAGCUGGCUAGUGUACAUGGAGAACAGAAUAGGUCCUAAAACUGAGCACUGUGGCACACUGCAUUGUGUCAAUUUUACUUUUAACUUGGUUGUAUUAAGAUUUAGAUGUGACUUAAAUUGGUGUUUUCCAACAGGGGAUAUAAUGAACAAUCACCAUCAACAGCCACAUGAAAUUUUCAUUGAAUAGAACAUAUUUUACUUUUGUUUGGCAUCUGUCUGUCUUUGGGUGACAAAUAGAGUGAUAAAGUUGUCAUCUGACUGGAGUGUCUAAUGAAACUACGAAGCCAGGGUGAGGUGAUUUUUUGUGUGGAGCAUCAGCUGGCUAGACGCAAGGCUAGAGAUGAGGGGCUUGUUGUCUUGUAAAGGUUGAAAACAAGGCAGGCAAGUGGGUAUCUUGUAAAAAGAAGCUCAUACCAGCAGGCAGGGUGAUACAUGAGUUAGGACCUGACAAUCAAUGCAUUCCCAAAACUACUUGAGCAGAGAGAGAGCAUGUAUCAUGUGAUAUGGACAGGAAUAUAGUUAUAAAAGAAAAAAAUGUGUUUACUUUAUAGUGAUUUGUUACAUUGAUCCAAGUCAUAUCCUAAACGUAAUGAAGCUACAAUAAUUUAAUAGUGUCAAGUGAUAUUUUUGGAGUAAUUUAAAAAAAAAAGUUUGUUAAUAAAGAAAAUAACUAUUUUCAGAAUAUAACACAAAAAAACUAAUCUGUUUCUAACAAUGUUUGUGUUCAUUACUCUGCUUCUAGGUGUUGACAGAGGAAGAAAGAAAGAUAAUGAAAGAAUGUGAACGAGAUAGCUUUUACCUAAGAGGUAGGUUUUUUUAUGGAUUUAAGUUUUAUAGAAGGGUAAUUAUGUAGCUAGAUGAUGAGUUCGAGGUACUUUUAAAAAUUUAGAAUAAUAUAUACAAAUUUGAAACUUUAAGUUAAGAUGUGGAUAUGAUGGUAACAGGGCUAAAGGGUAAUAGGGUAAUUAAGAAGUCUAUAGGCUAGUUUUGAUGAAAACAUCAUCAUCAUCAUAAUUGGCGCUACAGCCCAUGUAGAGUCCUGGGUUGCUCCACCCCAUCCUUCCAUUCGGAUCAAUCCAUGGAUUUCCACCUCCAUGCAUGGACCCCCGCUGAUGUAAGCCUUUCUCUACAUUGCAAUCCAUCUCAGUCUUGGUCAACCCAUGAGCAGUCUGCUCCUUGGUUACUGUCUGUAGAUCACUUUUGCUGCUCAACAAUCCUCUCAGAGUGCCCAGUCCAAUGCAACCUGACACUUUUAAUUGCAUCGACUAUGGAUGGGUCUUAGAACAAUUGAUAUAUCUCUUGGUUUGUGCAAAUUCUCCAGCGAUCAUUGUUUAACACUGGACCACAUAUUUUCCAAGCAUUUCCUCUCCCAUGUAUUGAGGAGCAGGUUCUCAUUUGUUUCGGUGAAGGUCCAAGUCUCACUUGCAUACGAUGUCUUGCUGUUGACAUAUAAUGAUUUUUUAUCAGACUGACAAAAUUUGGCUGUUCAGAUAUGCAGUAUAAUCGUUCAGAUAUGGUCACUUUUGAAUUUACAACUGUAAUUGAAAUGCCCUCUACUGAGUUGCUCUUUACUCAAGAAUCUCUUAAAGGAUAGAUCGAUAGGCACAACAAAAUGUGUACAAAAGGAUAGGCAUAACAAAAUGUGUACAAAAGGAUAAUGUGUACAAAAGGAUAGGCAUAACAAAAUGUGUAUAAGUAAAUUGAAAAAAUAUUUAUCCUUUACUUAAAUUUUCAUGAUUCAAUUCACUUUUCUAAACAAUCAAAGGAAAUAGAAAUUUUAACAUUUUCUUGGGGCUUAAUUUGUAUUGACUAUGUUUGUCAAUGUGUCAGUCACAAAGAUAGAUAUUAAUCAAGAAAUUGAGCAGGUUCUCUGUUUUUUUUGGCAAGGGUAAACGUCUCUCUUGUGUACAUUAAUAAAUAAAGUAGUUUAUACUGUAUAACGUAGUGGUGCGCACUGUUCCCUUCUUUGUUCUCCUAGUUACUACUGGUCUUAAAGUAGUGGUGUAUACUGUAAUGUGGCCUUCUUUGUUCUCCUAGUUACUACUGGUCUUAAAGUAGUGGUGUAUACUGUAAUGUGGCCUUCUUUGUUCUCCUAGUUACUACUGGUCUUAAAGUAGUGGUGUAUACUGUAAUGUGGCCUUCUUUGUUCUCCUAGUUACGAUUGGUCAUAAAGUAGUGGUAUAUACUGUUCCCUUCUUUGUUCACCUAGCUACUACUGGUCAUAAAGUAGUGGUGCAUACUUUUCCCUUCUUUUUUUUCUUAGUUACUACUGGUAAUAAAGUAGUGGUGUAUGCUGUAUAUUCCUUUCUUUGUUCUCCUUGAGUGGUUUUAGCUUGAUAGCAGCUUUUGUGGGCUGAAAUAUGAAUGGUUGCCUGCUGUUUUCCUUUCUUUCAUCUCAAUCAUUAUUUCAUAGAGCUCAUUUAUAGUAGCUCCUAGGUAUUUGAAAAUAUCCAAUCUUGAUAAAAGUCUUCUUGUUAAAUCUAUUUGUAUUGUAUUUAAACUACCAGUUUUCUGUCGUUAUUUCCAUUUUUUUUUCUAAUUAUCUUGAGAUUAAUUAAUUUAAUUAUGUAAUUGUGUAAAUUUAACAGUUACAGUAUUGGGUUAAAAUUUACAUUCCUCUAAUUCUCAGCUUUACCCAUAUCUAUUGGAACCAUGACUGGUGCUUUUUUCAUGGUGAAAAAUGGUAUGUUUGAAACAGAUAUUUUUUUUAUCUAGUCUAUAAAUAAACUCUCAGCCAUGUAGAUUUUUUAUCUAGUCUAAAAAUAAUCUCUAAGAUAUGUACUCAGUUAUUUCAGUGAAACAGUUAAUUACCUUCUCUGAACAUAUCUUGAAUAAUUUAAAAUGUAUUUUACACAGUGAAUGUUAAAAUUAACUGCCUUGCAAUUAAGGAGACUUUUAAGGGCCAAAGAGGAGUCAUAGGCUUUGAAAUGAUUAAAAAUAAAUAAUAUUAUUUGUUGAUAUCGCACGGAUAUAAAAUUAAAAAUAUUUAUUUGAAAAAGUGAAAUUCUUUUUGUUCUUAUACAUUUGUAUAAAAGGGCAUUCCUUUUUGUUAAAAAUUUUUUUCAUUAGUAAAUGUAAAAAAAAAAAGCAGAAAAAAAGAUACAUUAAUUUUUUUGCAUAAACCCUUUGUUGCAACUCCUGUUUCUUAUCUAGGCCAUUGGACUCCUCAUCCCAGAUUUGGAGCAUUACCUAAAAUGUUAAGUGAGUUGGUUCAUUUGUAAUUUGUCCUAAAAGAGUUUGAAUGUGCUAUCACUCUAAAUGUUUUUUUGCCUUGAAAAUGACAAGCAAUAAAGUAGCCAGACUCUUUUGGUCAUGUCACUUUUCAUUGAACAAUUUCAGUUCCUCUAAAUGUGAUGAGGUUUUGUAAGCAAAUAAUAUUUAUGUGUAAAAUUUUACAAGGGAUGUUUUUAUGUCGUGUUGAUACAAUUUUAUUUCAAAUUAAUAUUUUUGCACUUCUAUGUGUUAAUUAUUAUCACUCUGAUUUUUGUUUUCAAAGUCAAAUAGGACUUCUUCCAAUUACAAUAUAGCAGCUUGCACUCAUCAGAAUAGCCAGUCAAUUAUAGAAAAAUGUAAAAUAUAUAUAUUGUACACAUUUUAGCUUUUAUUAUAUUGGUUGUUUCAUAAUUGUGUCUGUCACAAUCCAUCAUUUUUUAACCAUUUCUGGAAGUACUGCUUAUUUUUGUGUCAUCAUUGUGUCUGUCACAAUCCAUCAUUUUUUAACCAUUUCUGGAAGUACUGCUUAUUUCUGUGUCAUAAUUGUGUCUGUCACAAUCCAUCAUUUUUUAACCAUUUCUGGAAGUACUGCUUAUUUCUGUGCCAUAAUUGUGUCUGUCACAAUUUUUGUCACAGUUGCUGGGAGUAUUUCUUAUUUCUUUGGCAAGUUAAGCUACCUUCCAAAAUGCCAGCAGAAAAUUCUUGAAAAGAUACCUAAUUCGAACUUGGCGGCAACGAUUAGGAAAUCCAAAGGACUCCCUAAUCCAGAGGCACAGUAAGUUUUAGAAAGGAAUAGAUAUUAUUAACGUCUUUUUAGAUUUUUUAAAAUGAACAUCCUUUUUUCUACUGUACGGUUUGAUAGCCAAGUUUAACAGUCUUUGCCAUGUGUCAAAUAAGUAUGCAGCAUUUUUAUAAAUGUGUUCAGGGCUGUGUCAGGGUCAAGGACUCUAAGUUAUAUUUAGGUUAAAGAGGAUUGGGAAUUGAUGUACUGUUAGCCCUGGAACUUAUCGCUCCAGCCGAAUGGUUGAUAGUAUCAACUUAUCAUUACAGCCGAAUGGUUGAUAGUAUCAACUUAUCAUUACAGCCGAACGGUUGAUAGUAUCAACUUAUCAUACCAGCCGAAUGGUUGAUAGUAUCAACUUAUCAUUACAGCCGAAUGGUUGAUAGUAUCAACUUAUCAUUACAGCCGAAUGGUUGAUAUAGGAGUAAUAAUGGUGGUAACCAUCAAAUUACUGAUUAGGUUAGAAACGGAGAGAGGGCGUGAGAAAUAUAUAUGGAACCAGCGUACAUUAGUCCACAAUAAGUUGAAUAACUCGAGUCCUGAUGCAGAGAGUCUAGUGGAACGCAAAUUACAAAGAGUCUCGUGCAGGGGUACUUAACCUUCUUAAUGCCAUGACACUUUAUUACAAUUGUUCAUGUUAUGAUGACCCCCAACCAUAAAAAUAUUUUCGUUGCUACCUCAUAAAUAUGUGUUUUUACGAUGGUAUAAGGCGAGCUGUAUAAGGGUAGUUCGACCCCCAAAGGUGUCCCGACCCACUGGUUGAGAACCGCUGAUCUAGUGGAAUAUACUUUACAGAGUCUAGUUGAAUGCACUUUACAGAGUCUAGUGGAAUGCACUUUAUAGAGUCUAGUGGAAUGCACUUUACAGAGUCUAGUGGAAUGCACUUUACAGAGUCUAGUGGAAUGCACUUUACAGAGUCUAGUGGAGUGCACUUUGCAGAGUCUAGUGGAGUGCACUUUACAGAGUCUAGUGGAAUGCACUUUACAGAGUCUAGUGGAAUGCACUUUAUGAACUGAUGUUGAGCAUAGCAUAAAUAAAACGAGUUAAUCUUAUGUUAUAGUUCUUCCAUAACAUUUUUACUUGAUCAUCAUAUCUGUCAACCAUAAUGUUACUUUUAAUACACCCAUCAUCUACAAUUCGAAAAUGUAAAUCUAUAUAACAGGCUGCGGCCAGCUAUGUUCAAAUAACCAAGUAGAAAGUAUUUACCAUUCCUGCUUGGCAGAAGGCAAGAAAACAAGGGCAAAAUGCUUCAAGCCUUGAGUUGUCUAACUUAGUGUUGAAAUUAAACCAAAAACUCUUUCCCAAACUGUGCAAGGGUUUCUUUAGAAUUCCUUCUGGUCUCCCUUUAUCUGCACAAUAUGGUCAGACAAAUCACAGUUCAUGGCAAUGCUGGGCAACCAGUGUGCCUGGUUAUGAUGCUAGGUGUGUUGGGCAACCAGUGUGCCGGGUUAUGAUGCUAGGUGUGUUGGGCAACCAGUGUGCCGGGUUAUGAUGCUAGCUGUGUUGGGGUGUGGCGCUAGGUGUGUUGCGCAACCAGUGUGCUGGUGUGGUCCUAAGUGUGCUGUGUAAUAAGUGUGCCAGUGUGUGGUGCUAGGUGUACUGUGCAACCAGUGUGCUGAAGUGUGGUGCUAGGUGUACUGUGCAACCAGUGUGCUGAAGUGUGGUGCUAGGUGUACUGUGCAACCAGUGUGCUGAAGUGUGGUGCUACGUGUACUGUGCAACCAGUGUGCUGAAGUGUGGUGCUAGGUGUGGUGUGCUAAACGACUCCAAAGGAGGAAAAGCAGAUAAUAAAUGUAGGAACGUAAAAAUUUAUAAAACUGUUGAUACAAUAUAGACAUUGGUCAGCUCAUCACCAAGCUGUCAUAUUCUGCUGCAACAGAAAUUAGUCCAACAUGGAUAGUUAAUAAUGGAAGAAUACAGGUUACUCUGAUAGAGUUUAACAUUAUGAAUAUUAACUAUAUUAUAAUAUUUUUAAAGAUUGUCUUAAACAUAACGUGUCCCUCAUGUCCUUGGACAUGGCCAUCAAAUUUUGGGAAACACUUGCUAUGGACUGCACAAACUGGCAAGGAAGACUCACUGUUGGAGCACUAUCAGAGAGUAAAUUCAAAACUUACGCCCAAAGACAGUGAAUAGGAAGGAAAAAGAGAAUGGCCUUCAAUCCCUCCAGGACCCGAAACGCGUGUGUCCCGCAUGCGGGGCAAGCUUUCUAGGCACACAUAGGACUGGCAAGCCGUCUGUGCACUCACUGUUGAAUAUAACCAUGGUCAUCUUUGCAUGUGAAACAUAAGCACCGUUACUAAGCAAAAAAGUUCUACAGGCUUGCAUGAAUUCAUAUUCCAAUAUUUUCUGCAUGCCUUUUUGCUUGUGGUGUGCCAUUGAAUUCUCAGAAAGGCCAAAGAAAAAAGGUUGUAAAGCUCUGGCUCAAAGCAUAUUAAAUGGAAAUAAUUGGUCUGCGGUCACAUACAUUGUCCUUGUACUUUUCAAAAUAAUGUUCUUGGUGCCCAUUGUUGCAAAAUAUUGCUACACCAGUUGGACAUGUGUACAAUUUAAGAUUUGAAAUAUUCUUGUAAUUUUUUUAUUUUGUUAAACUUGUUGUGGUUGUUAGUAUUUGAUCACACUGGCCAUCUUGACCAUCCUAAAACCAAAUAUCUCAUUUCCUUAUUAAAUAAAAGAUACAGUAACAGGUUUUGGAAAUCAAAAUAAACCUUUUGUGGUCUGCGUAGUGAAUAGUUUUAUACUGUGGAAUGAGAUGUUCGAUGUCUGUAAUAAUGUUACAGCCCCUAGGAUGUUGUCAUUCAGGAAGUUGUUUGAGUCCUCUAGUUCAUAGGCUGUUGUGUUUUCAUUCAGAGUCCUCUAGUUUAUUGGCUGUUGUUUUUUCAUUCAGAGUCCUCUAGUUUAUUGGCUGUUGUGUUUUCAUUCAGAGUCCUCUAGUUUAUGGGCUGUUGUGUUUUCAUUCAGAGUCCUCUAGUUUAUGGGCUGUUAUGUAUUCAUUCAGAGUCCUCUAGUUUAUUGGCCGUUGUGUUUUCAUUCAGAGUCCCUGCAUGGGAAGAAAGUGCCACCGGCAGUAACAAAUCUUCCAGCAAUAAUGAAUACAGACCUACAGAGGGUAUUGAUGACAGAUUUAGACCAAGUAUGGACAGGGAUGGUAUGUUUACAUAUGUAUGGACAGGGAUGGUAUGUUAAUCCAAGUAUGGACAGGGAUGGUAUGUUAAUCCAAGUAUGGACAGGGAUGGAAUGUUAUUUCAAGUAUGGAAAGGGAUGAUAUGUUAAUCCAAGUAUGGACAGGGAUGGUAUGUUAAUCCAAGUAUGAACUGGGAUAGUAUGUUAAUCCAAUUGUGGACUGGGAUGGUAUGUUAAUUACGGAUGUUACAUUUUUAUCAUAUUCAUCUAUUUAAAAUUUAAGAAAAUAAAAAGCACACCAGUUCUUAUCCGUUUGCUUAAUUUCAAUAAGUUAUUCUAACUCUUGGAGUGAAAAAUAUUGGUAUCUUAGGAAAUGUUUCAAUAUUUUAUUUUAUUUUGUUAAAAAUAAAUAUUUAUGUGAGGACAUUAUCUGUUUGAUUGUUUUAAAAAAAACAACCGGUGCCUUUUUAAACUUUACCUGCAAUACAUUUAAUAUUAGAAUAAAUUGCAGUAAGAAAUGGAUGAUAAUUUUGUCUGAUGUGUACUUUUCUAAAGUCAAGCAGCCAGCAACUCCACAGCAGGAAAAAAGUAUCAGCACCUACGAUGAGCUUAGACGGAGAAACAGGCUAGAAUAUGAAGAGAGUCUUUCAAAACGUCAGGAAAAGCAACCCGGGUCAAGUACCCCGCCAUACAAAGAAAGCCCCUUUAUGCCACAGAACCCAUGGCCUGAAGCCAAUGACCAAACGAAAUCUGAUUCAGAUGCUCCGCCUGUGCAAGCCCCACCAAAGAGUGAGUACUUUAAGUCUAAAAUAAAAUGUUUGAAUACAGGAUUAUGGGGACAAAAUUGUUACUUCUUUGAAAGAUCAAUGAAAUUGAAACCAAGCUCGAGUUAACAGGUGCACAUAUGUUGAAUCAGGACAAAUAGGUGGAAAUAAAGGUUUUUAUUAACUAAAAAAAUAAAAUUUGACAAAUUAUAUUUAUUUGACAAUGGAUAUUCUAUCUCUUUCUUAUUCAUAAUACUCACAUACAUUUAGUUAAACAUUAAUAUAACCAACACUUAGCUAAGCAUUAACAUCACCAACAUAGAUUAAGUUAUACAUAAACAUCACCAACAUAGAUUAAGUUGUACAUAAACAUCACCAACAUAGAUUAAGUUAUACAUAAACAUCACCAACAUAGAUUAAGUUAUACAUAAACAUCACAAACAUAGAUUAAGUUAUACAUAAACAUCACCAACAUAGAUUAAGUUAUACAUAAACAUCACCAACACAAAUGAAGUUAAACAUUGACAUCAAGGCACAUUAAAAAUAGUUGAAAGUUGUAAUUAAAGGGAAACAAUAUGCCUAAAUUCAUUAACCAUAAUUUAAUAUGUAUUAUUUCCCUUAUGAAGGCGCGUUCGCUAAGACUUGUAACAAAUUAUUUUCAAUGAAACUACCAAUCAAGCAUUCGGAGGAGUCAGAUAAUAUUAUUAUGCUCUCUGGAAUGGUUUACCUAGUUGCUUUCAGUGUAUGGGAGAAAAAUUGGCCAUGCUUAUCCUACUAAUUGAAAAUUGGCCAUGCUUAUCCUACUAAUUGAAAAUUGGCCAUGCUUAUCCUACUAAUUGAAAAUUGGCCAUGCUUAUCCUACUAAUUGAAAAUUGGCCAUGCUUAUCCUACUAAUUGAAAAUUGGCCAUGCUUAUCCUACUAAUUGAAAAUUGGCCAUGCUUAUCCUACUAAUUGAAAAUUGGCCAUGCUUAUCCUACUAAUUGAAAAUUGGCCAUGCUUAUCCUACUAAUUGAAAAUUGGUCAUGCUUAUCCUACUAAUUGAAAAUUGGCCAUGCUUAUCCUACUAAUUGAAAAUUGGCCAUGCUUAUCCUACUAAUUGAAAAUUGGCCAUGCUUAUCCUACUAAUUGAAAAUUGGCCAUGCUUAUCCUACUAAUUGAAAAUCAUUCUAUUCUAUUAAUAAUAUAGACAUGUUCUAAAUUAAGUUUUUUCCUUUCUUUACAGGGAAAAGGACAAAUAUGUGGGGUGACGUGAUAGAAGAGUAAAUUUAAUUAGGAGGAUGUUCCAAAUGUCAUGUUUGAAGUUGAAUAAAAUAAGUAAAAUAUUGACAAGUAUUGUAAUGAAUUAACCAAGAAUUUGUUUGCUGUUGCAUGAUCCAUUAGAUAAUGAAAGAAGCAAAAGUGAUUUGAGAAUAACCUUUUAUAUGUAAUUUUUAUGUUAGGAUUUGUGAUAUGGGGAUAGUAACAGAUCUAAUGACACAACUUUUGUUGGUUGUUAAUAACAAUGUUAUCUAUUUCUAGUGGGACAUAAAUUUAACAAAUAAAUUACAUCAGACAUCAUAAAUUUUAUUUUGGUGGCUACAAAUAAAAUUUUUAUAACAUUUAUUGAAUAAGGUAAACUGCUAAUUUUGCAUCGUUUUGGUGUGUGUCGGGGGGGGGGGACGACAAUUUUUAUUUAAUAAGAAAAUUGGGUUAAAAUUUCUUGAUGCUGGCUUUUGCUUUUAGCAUUACAAAAACAGCUUUAAAGAAGUUAGCAUUCACAGUACGGUUGAACUGAUAGGCUACUUGGUCAAUAACUGAUUUAUCUGUCACAGAUUUUUUUAUAACAAAAGAUCUGUGAGCUUGAUGAAAUAGGCUUUAUGUUGAGAAUGGAAGCAUUGAUUUUAAAAAUAAGUGAAGACUUAAUGAUUAAAUUUACUUUUGUUUUAUACAGUUAAAAUAUCAAGAUCUAUUAUUAACAAAGAUGUAAAGAAAGUUUAAACAAAAUAUUUUAUGUCUUUUUGCGUCCAAUUUCUCAACAUUUCUGUGUCACACUUGGUCAAUUAUCAAAACUGAUCAAUCAGUUAAAAUAUAAUGAUAAUAAAUUAGGUUACCAAAUAACAAAGUAUCAAUUAACAGGCAAAUCUUUAGUGCAACCCUAAGAGAGGUUUAAAUAUGAAAUAUUACGAUUGGAACUAGCCAGUGUGCACAAAUAAACUUGUGAAGUUAUGCGACUAUUGUUGCAGUGCUCUUUGUUGGUGUGGAGAAGAAGAUAGAAGAGCUAAUGUCCUAGUGUGUGAUAAGAGAGCUAAUGUCCUAGUUUGUGAUAAAAGAGCUAAUGUCCUAGUAUGUGAUAGAAGAGCUAAUGUCCUAGUAUGUGAUAGAACAGCUAAUGUCCUAGUACAUGAUAUAAGAGCUAAUGUCCUAGUGUGUGAUAGAAGAGCUAAUGUCCUAGUGCGUGAUAGAAGAGCUAAUGUCCUAGUAUUGAUAGAAGAGCAAAUGUCCUGGUAUGUGAUAGAAGAGCUAAUGUCCUAGUGUGUGAUAGAAGAGCUAAUGUCUUAGUAUUGAUAGAAGAGCAAAUGUCCUAGUGUGUGAUAGAAGAGCUAAUGUCCUAGUAUUGAUAGAAGAGCAAAUGUCCUUGUACGUGAUAGAAGAGCUAAUGUCCUAGAAUGUGAUAGAAGAGCAAAUGUCCUAGUACGUGAUAGAAGAGCCAAAGUCCUAUUAUGUGAUAGAAGAGCUAAUGUCCUAGUGUGUGAUAGAAUAGCUAAUGUUCAAGCAUGUGAUGUACGUUGUGGUUUCAUGCCGACCUAUGCAAAUUGAAUUUGUUGUUUUCUUAAAUUUGUUCUGUGAAAUAAAAAUAGUUGUUGUUUUUUACACAAUCACCAGUUUGAUCUUUGAUGAAGUCAUGAAAUUGAAAUGGUUCUUUUCAUUUAACAAAAAAACCAACUUUUGGACUUAAUAGUUUCGAUAACAAACUUAUCAUUUAAUUAUUUAAGAAAAU